AUGGCGGAGCUAAUGGAGACAUAUCGACACCAUUUCGUGAGUCCAGUCCUCAAAAACACGAUUCGUUUCGGCACAAUGCUCAAUUCGGCCGGCACUUUUGCAACUUUCGUCGUUCUUUUCACAUUCAUCGCGUUGACUUUUUUCUGUUGCUGCUUUUGUUCCCAUCGUGCUUCCAGAAGAGUCGAAACGGUCAGAGCCAGAAAUCCAUUGGUCCGUCGGAGGGUUGACAGGGCUGUCCGGAUGCAGAAUAUGAAUCCGACAUUGGAAGAGUUAUUGGAAGAAGACGAAGAAGAUGUUGAUGAUGAUCAACCACAGGAUACUGUAGUUUUGAUUGCAGACACAAAUGAGACAAUGCUUUAA